UAUUCUGUUUAAUGCUUUCUCUGGAGUCGACCUCACCUAAUUAAAUUCCAUUCUCCCCCUCCUGCAGUCCUGCUCCGGUGCUCCCUCUCUGGUACUUAUUACCCAACAUCCCCAAAUUCUCCGGCGCUCCCCGGUCAGGUUAUUGCUUUGAGCGAGGAUCAUGUCUGUUUGCACUUCUAAGCAGUGGGUUCCGGAACUGAAUGAAUUGGGGAGUGGAAGGAAACUGGUUGCUUGCUUGAAUUGUUUUGGCUUGAAAAUUUUCCGCUCGGCUUUUGGGGUUUGACUCCUAACCAAGCCAUCUAUUGCCCAUAUGUGGAUCAGGGAGCUAAAACAUAGGUGGAGCAGAAUUUAUCUGUAUCGCAUCUUUUAGCAAGUCCAUAAAAAAAGGUGUUCCGUAUGGCGUCAUUCAGAGCAUUUCUGAACAGUCCAGUUGGUCCAAAAACAACACAUUUCUGGGGACCUAUUGCCAACUGGGGAUUUGUUGCUGCUGGCUUGGUGGACAUGAACAAACCCCCAGAAAUGAUUUCAGGAAAUAUGACAGGAGCUAUGUGUAUUUAUUCAGCGUUGUUCAUGAGGUUUGCAUGGAUGGUACAACCUCGUAACUAUCUACUUCUAGCUUGUCAUGCUUCAAAUGAGACUGUGCAACUCUAUCAACUCUCCCGUUGGGCAAGGGCUCAGGGAUACCUGUCAACGGAGACGGAGAAAAAAGAGAAAGCCUCGUCAGAGUAACUCAAUGCUGCUACUUUUUAGCUGCCCUGUUUUGCUGGGAUUAUUAUUUUGAAUUGCUGUGGAACUGGUAAUUUCUUGGGUUAUUUUUUGAAAUAACUUACAUUUCUUUGUACUAAAAUAGCCAUGCAGCGGAUAAUGAAGUGAAGCUUGGCAUUUAUGACUUGA